CAAAAGACAUUUGCUCACAUAACAACCUUCAAAGACUCAAACUACUUAGCCUGCACUCGAACGAAUUGGAGGGAGAUAUAGCAUUGAGUUUGGGUCAAUGUACACAACUUGAGAGUAUUGACUUGUCAUGGAACAACUUUGGUGGAAAUGUCCCUCGAGAAAUUGGGAACAUCACACAGCUUAAGGAAUUACGCCUUAGUUGGAACAAUUUGAAAGGUGGUAUACCGAAAGAGAUUGGUAAUCUUAAUAAUCUAGAGAUAUUAGCCAUGAGUUCCAACAAUCUUAGUGGACCGAUUCCAAGACAAAUUUUGAACAUCACAAGUCUCCGUCAACUAGACCUCAGCAACGUCUCUUUAAAUGGCUGUUUACCAAAAGACAUUUGCUCGCAUAACAACCUUCAAAGACUCAAACUACUUAGCCUGGGGUCGAACAAAUUGGAGGGAGAUAUACCAUUGAGUUUGGGUCAAUGUACACAACUUGAGAGUGUUGACUUGUCAUGGAACAACUUUGGUGGAAAUGUCCCUCGAGAAAUUGGGAACAUCACACAGCUUAAGGAAUUAGACCUUCGCUAUAACAAUUUGAAAGGUAUGGUCUUAUCUUUAUACUAUUAAUUUAAUUGAUAAUCUCCAAAUCAAUUGAUGAUAUAUAACGUCAUUCAAUUUCAUGCUUUGUUUUUCAAGCUUUGCAUUGUUUUACAGUUCAAUAAAUCUAUGCAACCACAUUGUGGCCACCCGCAAUUUAGUU